UGUCAAACGUCACAAAAUAAUCUGCGGUUUUUACAGGCUGGCUGAAAAAUAAAUACUAAGUAAUUAAUCCCACCGAUAUGUUAUAAAAAUUAUCCAUAAUAAAGGAAGUGUUGUGCAGCGCAAUAGGAUUUUAAAUUACCAAUAUAAAAAUGAUUACUCCGAAAUAUUUUAUUUUGUUGUUUGUAAUUUUAGUACUUAGAUUAGUAAAGGCCACAGAAUUGACUUUUGAAUUGCCUGAUAGUGCCAAAGAAUGUUUUUACCAAGAAAUACAAAAAAACGUGACAGCUACAUUAGAAUUUCAGGUUGUAACUGGAGGCCAGUAUGAUGUAGAUGUUCAUUUACAAGGACCCCAAAAACAAACCCUAUAUCAGCAAAUAAAAAUGCAAUUUGAUUCUCACACAUUUACAGCACCAGUAGCUGGAAUCUACACAGUAUGUUUCAGUAAUGAAUUCUCAACUUUUUCACAUAAAUUAGUGUACAUGGACUUCCAAGUUGGUGAGGAAAGUCCUUUGCCAGGUCUAGUUGGUGCUACUGUUCUAACCCAACUGGAAACUUCUGCUCAAAGUAUACACAAAUCAUUAAACUCCAUUGUGGAUCUACAGACACACCAUCGUCUAAAAGAAGCACAAAGCAGAAAGCGGGCAGAAGAUUUGAAUGAGAGAGUUUUGUGGUGGUCCGUCACAGAAACACUGUGUGUUUUAGUAAUCUCAGUGGGUCAAGUUUUUAUUUUGAAGAACUUUUUUGCUGAAAAGAAGCCAUUUAACUUGAAAUAAUCAAUUCAUGAGUGUGAAAGAUGUAAAUUAAAACAAUUUGUUUAUAAUUAGUUGUAUAUUUUCAUUCCAUCAUUUCUGUGUAGUUUGCAAGAUUAUUUUUUUGACUGUUUUAAAUUUAAUUUAGUUUCUAUAUGUAUUACAGAUCAUAUUUUUGUUUUAAUAAAAUUUAAAAGAUG